CACAACACCCUCACAGACACACCCAGAACAAAAAACUUAAGAUUACUUUAAAGAGUUUGGCAAGGGUAGUUUUCAUUACUUAAUACCUACCUAACUGUAACCAUGUAGUCAAUGCUUGAAUACAUUGAUUUGUUUAUGUAAAAUUUAUUUACAUGAAAUUAUUCACAUAAAAAAGUCUGACUUUACAUGUAAUAAGCUAGAAUGUUAGGGAUAAAAAUAAAAUCUGAAGUUAAAGCUUUUAUUUGUGUCAUAAGGUUGAAUUAAAGGAAAAACUUUAUCCGAAGAUGGCCACUGCACAAUUGCAAAGAACUUCCAUGAGUGCAUUGGUGUUUCCCAAUAAGAUAUCAACAGAGCAACAGUCUUUAGUGUUAGUGAAGAGGCUCCUAGCAGUUUCAGUAUCCUGUAUCACAUAUUUGAGAGGAAUAUUUCCUGAAUGUGCUUAUGGAACAAGAUACCUAGAUGAUCUUUGUGUCAAAAUUCUGAGAGAAGAUAAAAACUGUCCAGGAUCUACACAGUUAGUGAAGUGGAUGCUAGGAUGCUAUGAUGCUUUGCAAAAAAAAUACCUAAGGAUGGUUGUUCUAGCUGUAUACACCAAUCCAGAAGACCCUCAGACAAUUUCAGAAUGUUAUCAAUUUAAAUUCAAGUACACUAGUAAUGGACCAAUCAUGGACUUCAUAAGUAAAAACCAAAACAGUGAAUCUAGUAUGUCAUCUGCUGACACCAAGAAAGCAAGUAUUCUCCUGAUUCGCAAGAUUUAUAUUCUAAUGCAAAAUCUGGGACCUUUACCUAAUGAUGUUUGUUUGACCAUGAAACUUUUCUACUACGAUGAAGUUACACCCCCAGACUACCAACCUCCUGGUUUUAAGGAUGGUGAUUGUGAAGGAGUGAUAUUUGAAGGGGAGCCUAUGUACUUAAAUGUGGGAGAAGUCCCAACACCUUUUCACACCUUCAAAGUAAAAGUAACUACUGAAAAAGAACGAAUGGAAAAUAUUGAUUCAGCUAUAUUAUCACCAAAACAAUUAAAAACACCACUUCAAAAAAUUCUCAUGGACAAAGAUGAUAUAGAAGAUGAACAGGAGCAUUAUAUAAGUGAUGAUUUUGACCUUGAGACUAAAAUGGAAGAGCAGAAAAAAAACCCCAGAUCUUCUGAACUUGGAGAACCAAAUUUAGUUUGUGAGGAAGAUGAAAUUAUGAGGUCUAAAGAAAGUCUAGAUCUUUCAAUUUCUCAUUCUCAGGUUGAACAGUUAGUCUGUAAAACAUCCGAACUUGAUGUGUCUGAAAGCAAAACAAGAAGUGGAAAAAUCUUUCAGAAUAAAAUGGCUAAUGGAAAUCAACCAGUAAAAUCUUCUAAAGAAAAUCGGAAGAGAAGUCAACUUGAACGUGGGAGAACAGUCCUUCAUCACUUUGAUUCUUCUAGUCAAGAGUCAGUGCCAAAAAGAAGAAAGUUUAGUGAACCAAAGGAGCAUAUAUAAAAAUUAAUUUUUUCUUCUGCAUGUUUGUGAAGUUCUCAACAUUUCAACUACUGGACAAUGUAUUACUAUUUUAACGUGUGUUUGCCAUGUGAAAAUUUAUACAUUGUGUUAAGCAGUUAGUACAAAAAUAAAUUUUUAGCUGUCAUAUUGUGAUCCUUAAUCUUAUCUGAGACAAUGCAAGAGAACUUUUGGAUAAAACCAAAAAUACCAGUGUCA